AUGGGUAGAGGAAAGUCGCUAUCCGACUACGACAAAAGUCAAAUUCCCGCAAAAAAGGAACAGGGACCGCCAAAUCGUAGAAUCGCUCGAGAUUUGGACCGAUGCAACACAGUUGUCGACAAUUUCGUCAGGAGUCCUGCAGAGUAUGGGACGAUUGGACCAAAAGAAGUACGGGACGUCUAUCUUAACCUUUGGAAAGUGACAAGCUACGGAUUUUGA